AUGUGCGAGAAGGAGGGUUCCGUUUGCUCUGGCGGCGAUACCUUCUUCGGCAAGUCCGUGACUGCAGAGGAUGGCUCUUUGUGGCUCUGGAACGAAUCCAAGGGGCUCUUCUUGCCAUUGUUGCAUCCACAGACAAAAGUUCCGAUGUUUGAGAAGGUGUGUUGGGAAUGCAUUUGUGAUGUCAUGGUAGUGGGCAGGAAGGCCCCCAAUGUCUCCGACGUGUCUGAGACCAGCAUUGAAGCAGGUGAGACGAUUUCGGCUUUGCCUGUGUCAGAGCAACCUGGUUGGUUGAUGGAUGCUGACAGCAGGUUGUAUUUUGCCCAACACAACCCAUGCACCGGUGUCUUCCUUUGGAAAGAGAAACCCACGCCAUGCUGGCCAGAUGAUGCUUCGUUGGUGCGACAAGCCCAUGAAAUCCAGCAGCUGGCCGGUGGCUUCAGUGGUGCCAGGUUCCUCCAUGAGCAAGUGACGGCAGACCGUUGGGGAGUGACAUUGGCGAGUCUGGAGAGCUUCUUUACGACCGUGGAAGAGAAACACCGUUCCGGAGCUUUGCAGAAUGCUGGCAGGCCGUAUUAUGAGUCAAAGUUUCAGAGUAGCUCAAUUGGUCCGAACAUGUAUCAGGUGAAUGAGCAGGUCAUCGUGCCGGCCACGGCAGACCCUUUGCAGCCAUUCCCUGGUGUUAGUUGGGCACUGCAUGGAUCUCCUGCUGGGGCACGCGUGACUCAUUUUGUCACGCACGCCUGGGCAGAAGGUGUGUUUGAGUUUCGGCGCUUCCUGAUGCAGGCGUGGCCCCUGAAUGACGUGAAUGCUGCUGCCUACAUUUGCUUCCUGUCCAAUCCCCAAAACUUGGAUAUCGCUGCAAUGCUAGCCAGUGUCGAAACCUCACCUUUUCAUGUCGCCUUGCAGAACAUGCCAACUCAUGGCAGCAUGAUAAUGGUUGCAACAGAGAACACUCCAAUUCACACUCGCUUGUGGUGUGUUUUUGAAGCCCACAUGGCCUUGUGCCGGCAUAUUCCGAUCACCCUAGUUGGCUGUCCAGCGAACCUUGCUACUGACAGCUCUGCAGUCGUUGCCCAGUUUGAAGCCGAGUCCUUCGAUGCAUAUCUUGCCAACGAUGCAUAUUUGGAGGUUGCGGGUGCUGCUGGCGGUCUCAGGAAUGAUGCGCUUGACUCCUGCUGUCCUGCCUUGAAAAGGCGGCGCGAAGCCGCCCUGGCAGCGGAAGAGGAAAAGUGGCGUAAAAGCACUCCAGAACGGCUGCAUGCGCAACUAGUCACGGUUUGGGUCACGACCGUUACCAUGAGUGUCGGUAUGGUCAUUUUCGUUGUGUGGUGUGCAACAUGGUCGUAUGGUUAUUUUUGGACAUCAUUUAUGACCAAUGGUGGGAUUGCAUUUAUCUUCUUUCCGAUCUUACUGCUCUGCGCCGCUGGCUUUCGCACUUGCACAGUCAACAGACAAAUCGAGCUUCUGCAGUCGGCAGGCAGUGGCGGUUUCAUCGAUGUGCAAGAUGCGCAGUGUUCCUCACCUGAAGAUGAAGCUCGUAUUCGUGCCAGCAUUGCCGGCCAAGAGAGGCGAAUCAAUUCUCUCUUGGGAAGCCUUAUUCUGCGCCAGGGUCUUGGUUCCACAACAAGGACAGCGACGGAGCCAUGA